AGUAUCCUGCUUUCGCUGGGCUCUCCACAUUCCGAGACCUUCUCAGCUGGACUCUGGGGGCUGAUCGCCAUCUCCUGUGGCAUCCUUGGCCUAAUCUUUAUCCUGGCUUCGGCCUAUGCGCUGGUCUGUUGGAGAUGGCGACAUCGCGGCCAGUUUGCACCCCUUCUCAACGAGUCGGACUCUGUUGCAGACGCUCAAGUCAAGACCUAA